GAAAAUAUAUAUGUUAAUAUAUUUCUUUAGAUGAUUCGGUAAUCGAAAGCGAUUCAUGUGUGGAGAAAGGUGAACUAUUAUUAAUGGAGUCAAUGUCUUCCAUUGCAUAUGCAAAAAUGACGGAUAUUAAUGACGGUCAGCAGAUGCUUGUCUAUAUGUGAUAGUUUAGAUCAAUUUAUUACGUUGUUUAGAUAAUGCAGCUGCUGCCACGGAUAAUAAUGGUGAUUCAAAAGUUGGACAUAAAGCUGCGUGUAUAACCAUAAGCACAAACGAUGAGGGCUCGAUUAACAUGAGUACAGAAGCUGAUACGCUUGUACACUCGACUGCUGAUGUUUGGCCGCACAUUGAAGAGUUAAUUGUACCCGAACAAAAUGGUUUGUCAUUAUUAGUAACAACCAGUGCCGUAACUAGUUACACUACAGCGAAUCAUGAAUAUCCAAUGCUAAAGAACACUGUAACUGAAACGACUGAUAUUGUUGGUGCUACUGUAUCAAAACAAAGUGAUUUGCCGAUCAGAACAAUCACUAAAAGAAAUUUAGAUAUGAAAGUUAACAGCUUCAUAUGUGAGAAUGUAUCAUCAAUGUUACAAUUUCCAUCUAUAGUUAUGACCAUCACUGAUUUGGCACGUAGUUCUAGUCACAUGUUGAAAACGCAGCGUGAUCCAAUAAUUCGUGAUUUAGUUAUUGGUGGUGUUUUGAAAAAGGACAACUUUUUUGCAUCAAUGAAUAAUUCCAAAAAAAUACGAUUGUGGCCCGGAUACGCCAAAUUACUUCCAGAGAAGGAUGAUGAGGAAUCACGAUUAAAAUUUCGUGAAAUAUUGGGCAAAUAUGGUUUGGAUUUGAGCUCAUACGAAUCCUUUUUUUCUAGUAUUGGAUCAUGCUUGUCAACAAGUACGAGGUUCAUGUUUAGUGAGUCAACUGCUGAAUUAAUGAAAAUGGAUUGUUACAGACAUUUGAAAUAUGAUGAUACCCAAAUUUUGUAUCCCUAUGAUGUUACGGCUAUAGAACAUGCUGCUGAGCUACAAGCCGGAGUAAAUGUGACAGGUGCUAGACAAACCACCGAGUUGCGAUAUGUUAUUCUCCA